AUGUCUAACUUGUUUUCCGGGAUCAAUGCCCGGCUGAGGGGAACCUCGAACAAGCAGAACAGCGGGAAAACCCCGGCGUCGCCCAUUUCUGAGGAUGGCCGAGUCAACUCGCCUCGGGGGCUAGGGCAGAGAAGCAAGUCGUCCAGCAAUCUGUCAGCAGCCAGCGUGUCUUCAGCCAGCCUGUCCUCCAAACUCCCGCCAUUGCCGACAUCUCCCGCACUCUCCCAAGCUAUCGGUAACAUGGCCUCCACCGGCGACGAGGUGCUGAGCUCGUAUCGCCUGCCUCAGCCACUCCCCUUGUGGCUGAACCCCGUCUAUGCAAAACAUAUCGUCAAGGGCAACUUUAUGACCCUCAGCAGCCGGCCCAAGUCAGUCGAGCAGGGCGAAUGGGUGGCACACCACGUGGUGGAGCAUUACCGGAACCUCUGGAAUUUUGUCCACGUCAUCUACGCCAAGGAAUCCAACGGAAAUAACCUUUGCAAUGCCACAACUUGCCCCCGCAUGUCCGCCGGACCGAACCACUCGUAUACCUGGCUUAACAAGAACGGCGACCGAUACGAGCGUGUCGAGCUGCCCGCAAUCGAGUACAUAGCGCUCAUGCAGCGCUGGAUCUCUAGCAAGACCGACGACGACAAGAUCUUCCCGACCGACGCGGCCGGCGUCUCCUUCUCCCACAACCCCAGCAUCGCCAACACCGCUCUCCUCACCAACGCCGACGAAUGGAUCGGCAAACGCAGCGGGUUCCCCAAGGACUUCGCCAGCAUCUGCAAGACCAUCUUCCUGCAGAUGUUUCGUGUCUACGCCCACCUCUACUGGGCUCACUUUGUCGAGCCCUUCUACCACCUCAACCUCGAGAAGCAGCUCAACAGCUGCUUCAGCCACUUCGUGCUGACGGCCACGGCGCUGGAUAUGCUCAAGCCCCAGGAGCUGGAGCCCAUGCAGCCCCUGAUUGACCUGUGGGCUGCCAACGGCACGUUCCCACCCGGGUCGAAGGCGUACGAGUAUGCCAAUCUGAAGGUGGGUACGCGGCUGCUGCAAAUGGCCGGAAUGGCUUGA